AUGUUUGUGCCCUUCAGAUUGGCUACUUCAAGAUUUUCCACAUUAGCCCUAAGAAGGUGCUACUCAGCGCAACCUGCUAGUCCACUCAAGAGUAAUACAAUUCAAAGUCUACAUGAAAAAUACUUGAAGGGGAUACCCAUAACGGUCAGCACUGCUCAUGAUUAUAUUACUUCUCAAUGGGUACAUGAUGCCAAUUGUGAUGCAAUUCUUGUGGGAGAUUCAUUGGCAAUGACAGCUUUAGGUUACGAAUCUACCACUGACAUUUCAUUCGAUGAAUUUAAAUAUCACGUUCGAUCUGUUUGCAGGGCCCAAGGUCCAUCAAUGAUCAUGGCAGAUAUGCCAUUCGGGACUUUUGAAAGUAGUAUACAGACAGGGAUCACGAAUGCAAUUGAUAUUAUGAAAUUGAGCAGCAAAAUUGCAUCUGUUAAGGUGGAAACGGGGCCCCAUACAAAGGACUCCUACACGAUAGGAUUUAUCAAAGAGCUGUGUUCAAGAGGUAUACCGGUGGUUGGUCACUGCGGACUUACACCACAAAGAGCACAUUCGUUAGGUGGAUUCAAAGUACAGGGCAACAAGAGAAUUGAAGAUAUAAGUAUUUUAUGUGAGACCGCCAAGAAAUUGGAAGAAGCUGGGUGUUGGGCCAUUUUAAUGGAAUGUGUUCCUCAUAAGGUUGCUAGCUACAUUACCUCUAAAUUAUCUGUACCUGUGAUUGGCAUUGGUGCAGGUCCUGGCUGUAGUGGGCAAGUUCUCGUGAUUGCCGAUAUGAUUGGCAUGAAACAGAAUUCUUUACCUCGAUUCGUGAAACAAUAUGGUCAACUGCACUCCCAUGCCCAAGAUGCAUUGAGCCAAUACGUGAAAGAAGUUGAAGAAUCGACUUUCCCCAACCAAGAACUGCAUACAUUCAAAAUCAAAGAAGAUCUGUGGAAGUCCUUUUUGGACGAUACAAAUAAGAACAGCAACAUCAAUAACACCAACUAA